CACACACAUACACACACACACACACACACACACACACACACACACUCUCUCUCUUUAGCGCAUAUGUGAGUCAGCAAAACGCUCGCUGCGUGUGGAGCUUCAUGGCCAGUGGAAGUGAGAGCUGCUGUUACAUCAGCAUCAUGUGUGAAAGAUGAUCCAGGGCUGCUGACUGAAGCACAAGAUGCUGCUCCUGCAGUGUCGUGGCCCCUGAGGCUAGAUUAGGCCUGUACAGACUGAAUGUGUGUCAGCACGCAUGUCCUGUCACACCUCACCGUAUGUGUCCAAAGGUCUGCUAGACCUUGUGCAAUUUCACUCAGUACGACUAUUAGGGGGAAAGCAGCUGGAAGAAGGAGUGAAACAGCGUAACUUCUGCAUUACAAAUAACGAUGGCAUUAUUGUUCCUGCCAGGACUGGCUCGUGUGGCCGUAUGUGGCGGCACCCAUGGAAACGAGCUGUCCGGUGUGUAUGUGGUGCAGGAGAUGGAGCGACAGCGGAAAGAGAAGGGAGAGUGCGCGUGGCCGAUCCCCGUUAAAACUGUGCUGGCGAACCCACGGGCUGUGAAAGAGUGCAGAAGAUACAUUGACCAGGAUAUGAACCGCUGCUUCAACAUAGCCACGCUGAGUUCUCCUAUUACAGACAGCAGCCCAUAUGAAGUCCGGCGUGCUCAGGAACUGAACAAACUUCUGGGUCCGAAAGGAUCCACAGAUGCAAUCGACUUGAUCUGUGACCUUCAUAACACCACGGCUAACAUGGGCCUCACACUGAUCCAUUACACGACCAGUGACUGGGUGACUCUGCACAUCUGCAAAUACUUACAGACUAAGAUAACCAAAGUGCCUGUGAGAGUGCUGGUACUGGAUAUCCCGAUUAGUGAUGCUUAUUCCUUGGAGUCUGUGUCCAAGCAUGGCUUUUCAAUAGAGGUCGGGCCGCAGCCGCAUGGUGUCGUCAGGGCUGACAUCUAUAGCAUUAUGAAAGAGGCCGUCGACUUGACAAUAGACUGGAUCCACAAAUUCAACUCAGGAACGGUGUUUGAAGGCGGGGAUGUGGAAGCCUUUGAGUUUAUUAAAAGUGUUGAUUAUCCCAGAGAUCCAGAGACUCGGAGUCUCACCGCUGCUAUUCAUCCUCAGCUGCAGGACAGAGACUUCUGUCUCCUAAAGCGGGGAGACCCUUUGUUUUUGUCAUUUUCUGGAGAAACUGUGAAGUAUGAAGAAGAAGAGCCACUUCAUCCUUACUUUAUCAAUGAAGCUGCCUACUAUGAAAAGGAAAUCGCUUUUCACUUGGGAAAAAAGAUGACGCUGACAAUUCCAUCGGUGCAGGUGCAGAAAGACUGAAGGAUGAGAAAGGAGAAGAUAUGAAACUCAGCAUGAUUACCAACACCAAUCAGAUGAUUUUAAAAGAAUGUCACUCAAAUUAUUUGAACAAUGACUUGUAACUCAGGUACAUUACACACUUGUUUGUAGCUAUAUGACAAUGAAAGACUCAUUUUGAUCUGCUGCUAAAUCACAAGCAACUUUGUUCUGGAUGAAAAGAUAUUUAUUGUGACCAGCAAAAUGUUCACUUGACAGCAACGUGUACAAAACUGUAUAAAAAAGGCAAAACCAUCUAAAGUAUUUCAGACACCAUCGUGAUGAUGUCACAGUGGGCUGUGGAGUGUGAGGUAUCCUCUUGACUGUAUUGCUCAUAUGUUGCUCUCGCCUGAUUGCUUUAACAAAAUUGAGCCUCUCAGUGGCUCGGAAUAAAAGACAAAAUAAAA